AAGAUAACAUGUCAGCCCCCUUGUCAAUGAACAUGUUGUUGUAGUUUCCCUGGUUAGCUUGAUCGAUAUACACGUCAGCAGUUGUCACGUUAUUUACUCAAAAUUCCCAUCAAUAAUCAUAUGCUUGUUUCUUAGUAUAUGCCUGUACACCACCUAUAUUGUUCUCAGGGGUCACGCGCACAGGGCAUAAACUGGAAAUAUGAUUGACAGUAUAAUUGUAGUACGCCAAAGUCUGUCAUAUUUUUGGCACGCAGUAGUUAGUUUCGUUCUUGUGUAUUGGAUUGGAGUCGUUUCUCUAUUAAAACAGCUAUGGUCAAAGACAAAUAAUGAAAUUAAAGGUAGUUUACCACUGAUAAUACCAGGUGUCAAACAUGAGGUGGUUGCUAUUGUAACAGGAGGCUGUAGUGGUAUUGGCUUCUGUGUUGCUCGUCAUCUGGCAGGUGCUGGAGUGCAUGUCAUUAUCGCAUCCAAAAAUAAAGACCAUGGAUCAUUGGCAGUGGAUGUUGUUACCAAUGAAAGACCUGAAGCCAAAGUAGAGUAUAUGGAAAUGGAUCUAGAGUCGAACCAGUCAGUCCGGAGGUUUGUAGCACGAUUUCUAGAGAAGAAACUACCACUGCAAAUCCUUAUCAAUGAUGCUGGAGUCAUGUUUCCUCCGUGCGAGAUGACAAUGGCGACAGCUAACGACGCUCAGCAAGCCGGGCCUGUAGUAGAGUAUAUGGAAAUGGAUCUAGAGUCGAACCAGUCAGUCCGGAGGUUUGUAGCACGAUUUCUAGAGAAGAAACUACCACUGCAAAUCCUUAUCAAUGAUGCUGGAGUCAUGUUUCCUCCGUGCGAGAUGACAAUGGCGACAGCUAACGACGCUCAGUUUGCUAUCAACUACUUGGGUCAUUUCCUUCUGUCGUUACUUCUGCUUGACCACAUGAAGCUGACCGCUGGACCGACGAACUGGGGCAGGAUAAUAAACUUGGCCUCGUCUGUCCAUCUCGUGGGCACCAUGGACAUCGAUGCACUUCUUUGCAGGUAUCUAACAAUGGUCAGCAGCGCCGAUGAGGCAGCGAGGAAUAUUCUGAUGCUUGCGCUGUCUCCGGACUUGGACGGCGUCAGCGGACACUACUAUGACGUGACGCAGCGGGCGCGGCCGAACGCGAUGUGUGAGGAUGCAUGCCUUCGUGAACGCCUGUGGGAAGAGAGCUGCAGGCUGGUGAACGUGGCUAGCUAA